AUGGUGAUUGGCUCAGCUGCCUGUAAGCGUGUUUCGCCGGCGUGGGUGAAGAAGGAACGAACCACAAAGUGGAUACCUCUGAGUCAGAGACAGAGCGAGAGCGAGAUGAUGAUGUGGAGGUGGCCGUCCCUCCACCUCAAAAGAAAACGAGAAGAUGCAAGUACCGAGCUGAAAUGGGAAGCUGAUUUCAAGUGGCUGGAGAGCGUGCAAGGCGACCCUUUUAAAGCAAAUUGUACAGUGUGCCGACGUCAGUUCAUCGUGAGUCACGGUGGAUUCUCGGACAUCAGACAGCAUGCUGCCGGUGAGAAUCACAAACGGCUUGUGAAGCAGAAGAGAAGUCAGGGAGCUCUGACCCAAUUCCUUGUCCCCCAAGCAACGCCAGAGACCAACAAGGUAUGCUAAAUAAGCAUGUUUGUCUUUGUUUAUGAUAGUAGCCUCGAACAGUAUUUUUCAAAGUGGAUUUCUGGACUCUCUGUGUUCCUUUACACACUCAUAAAAGUCUAAAUUCUGACUCAGCAUCGGAAUGACAUAACGAGUGCAUUUUGUUCCAUUUGUAUACAGUCAAAGUUUUAUUCACACUUUGAUUUUGUGUUGUCAAAUAUGCUGCUAAAUGUUCAAUGUAAUUAAGUAGCCACACUGACACAGUGUUGUUUAGUAAGAUCAACUGAGUCAUUGUAUAAUGCGGGUAUAAAUAAAACGCAAUGUAUACUAUUUACAACUUUUACACACCUAAAACACCCCAAAGACACAUAUAACAGUGGUUUUCAGUGGAGUCCGCACAAGAUUUGACAAUUUAAUGACAUUAAUACCUAAAUUUAAUGAUAAAACAUUAACCAAAUUGUCAAUCUAAAAAAGAGGCAAAAAAAUGUAGCUUGAAGAUCUGCUAUUUUUAACUAUCUGUUGAUACCACGUUUAUUACCAAAUGUUUAUUUGAGGGGAUGUGGUCUAAAAAGGUUGAGAACCUGCAUAAUACAGCCAGGUCAUAUAGUAUGAUAUAAAUUGUACAAUUAUAUUGAUAUUGAUGUUUUAUUUUUCUAUUGCAGGUGACAGCUGCUGAGGUCGCACAAGUCUAUCAUGCGGUCAAGCACAAUCUGAGCUACAAUUCAGACGACUGUGGACUCAAGUUGACAAUUCAGACACUCCCUGACUCGACCUUAGCAAAAAAAUGUCUUGUGGGAGGACAAAGGCUGAGGCAAUAGUCACUGGUGCCCUGGCUCCGAAAGUCCAUAGAAGGAGUACUCACCCAAUUGAAGGGUGAUGUGAUGUCACUCCCACUCUCUCUCCAAACCGAUGCCUCUAAUAAGGGCAAUCGUAAGAUUUUUCCCUUGGCCAUUCAGUUUUUCACUCCUGAGGAGGGCAUCAUCAAAAGGCUAUUGAUUUUGUUGAAAAUCCUGAUGAAUCGGCUGAAGGAAAAGUUAAUUCCAUCCAAAGCUCUUUGGACCAGAUGGGUCUAACAUUGGAUAAUGUGUCUGCAUUCAGUGCAGACAAUGCCAAUGUAAACUAUGGCAUCCACAAUUCGGUCUUUUCAAAAUGAAAACAGUCCAACAGCCAGAUCCUCUGUGGCAACUGCCAUGCAUAUAUUGUCCAUAACACCGUGAAACAUGCCUUGGAGGAACUGUCUGUUGAUGUGGAGAAUAUUGUCCUCAAGGUGUAUGGCCACUUCUCCAUCUCUGCCAAAAGGAGAGAGAACCUGAAGGACUUCUGUGAAUUUUGUGACAUCGAGUUCCAUGACAUUCUGCGCCAUGUGGUGACCAGAUGGCUGUCACUCAAUCCUGCAAUCAGCUGCCUGUUGGAGAAUUGGCCUGCUCUGAAGUCCUACUUCAUGAGCAUUAAGGACUGUCCAAAACGCCUGCGCGAAUUGCUCAGGUUGCCAGACCCAGAGCAUGCGGCUGCGGUCUCCUCCUCCUCAGCAAUGUUCUUUCCCUUUUUGAGGAGGUUGUGAAAAAGCUUGAAAGAGAUAACACUGUAUCAGUUGACCUGUAUGCAAUCAUGGACUCUUUUCUGCAACGGCUCACCCAGAGAAGGGAGGACAAGUACUACGGCUACCUCACAAGAAAAAAGCGACAGCUUCUCUCUCCAGAUGACGCUCGUCUUGCCACGGGGGAGUUUACAACCUUCUUAAAUACUGCGAUCUAUCAUGUGGAGAAGUGGUUCAACUUUUCCCAGGAAAACGGGCUUUUUCACCUGCAGCCACUUGGUCUGACAUCUGGGAAGAUCUCCUACGAGGAAAUGGAGAAGAUCACUGAGAAGUUACACCUAGCUGGCAGGUAUGUAACCCACUCACUUGUUCCCAAUUUGAACAUUGAAAAAGGAAUGAAAAAUAAUUAUCAUCAUACACAAUGCCAUACUGUGUGAUGAAUGUGAUCACAUAAAUAUUUGUGAUUCCACAGUAGAUGCUAUAGUACAUAUAGAAACAAAUGCACAGUGCUCCAUGCUGUUUAGCUGUGAACUGAAAGUCAUUUCAUCUUUAUUGGCAGGCUUAAUCUCUCUAUGGAUAAGCUCUAUGAUGAGUGUGUUACUGCAAACAGCAUCCUUGAUCAUCUCAAAAGGCGUCUGGAUUGGAAAUCGAAGGGAACAGCUGAGAAGUGGAUGGAAGUGAUCAGGGGCCAGGCAGCUGAACUUCCAAACCUCCUGGUUGUAUUGUCCUUUGUCCUCAGCAUCCUAUCUUCUACUGGGUACGUGGAGAGGGUCUUCUCUUUGAUGAAAAACAAAUGGUCAGACGUGCGGAACAGAAGCUCUGUUGAUCUAAUAAAGAGUGAGCUGAUUGUCAGAGGUCUUGCUCAGAGUUCUACACUGCAGCUCUGGGGGAUAGAGAUCUUCUUCCUGCUGCAAGAGAUCAAAAAAAAAUAUAUACAAUUGGAAGAAAUAGGUUUGCGUGAUCUUCUCUGGUUCCCUAAGCAGUUUUAGGGUUUGCAACUUGCCAGGGAAGUAAAUUAGGUGCCUUAUUUUAUUUUUUUAUUUUUUGCCUGUUUUAAUGUGAACACAGAUGGCACUUUAUUUUCAGUUCAUUUCUAGAGCCACGAACCCUCCAUCUAGAGCCUGGAAAUCUCUGCAGCUUUUCAAUUUUAUACAACUUUGGUGGAUACAAGUCCUUGUUGCUGCAAGAGACCUAAACAAACAAUUCAGGUAUGUGACAUGUUCUCUGGUUCCAAAGUCAAUUUUGGGGUUUGUAAAAAAAGGGGUGCAACUUACCAGGAGGUACAUUAUAUGCCUUUGAUUUAUUUUAUUUUGCCUGCUUUAAUGAGAACACAGAUGGCACUUUAUUUCCAGUUCAUUACUAGAGCUACAUAAAGAGUUAUUAUAAUAAUAAUAAUAAUAAUAAUAAUAAUAAUAAUAAUUAUUAUUAUUAUUAUUAUUAUUACGCACAAAAUAAAUUUUUCAAUGAUACAUUGAUAAUGUUAACUGUUCCUUAUUUCAAUCUCUUGGAGUUGGCAACCCUAGUCCAGGCCCAUUUCAGAAAGAAAUACCCUGAAGCCAUAUAUGCACACUGCUAUGCCCACAAAUUAAAUCUUGUCUUAUGCCACACACGCAGAGCAAUUUCUGAUACCAGAGGGUUUUUUGAGAUGUUGGAAAGACUCCACUCGUUUUUUAGUGUAUCACUAGUGAACCACCACAAUUUUGUAGAGACACAAAAAAGGCUAGGGGUACAGCAAAGUGAACUUAUCCAGUUGUCAAGUACACUUUGGCUAUGCCAGCUCCAUUCAGUGAAUGCAGUUCUUGACAACUUCCCUGCCAUCAUUGAAUGCCUCCUUGGUAUGAAUACACCUUUGGCCGUGGGACUGAGAGUGAAACUCUGUAAAUUCUUCUCUGUGUACUUGCUGGUUAUGUUCCACACUCUCCUGUCAGUGUGUGCAGGUUUGCACUUGUUUCUGCAGAAGGAGACCAUAGACCUUGACCAGGCUGUGGAAUAUAAAAAUGCAGUCAUCAACUCAAGGAGAAGCUUGACAUUUAGAUUAAGGAGAGAUUAGAUAAAGGAGAUUCCCCUCUAAAAUGCUGAAUAUGUGGCAUACCAUUAAAGAUAGUAUUGUGGGAUAAAAUGUGUUUUGGUCAUUAUUAAUAAGGAAGUACAAUGCUGUACCUACAAGAGAAAUUAUUUGAUUUGGGGUUUUGUAUGAGUAAGCUAUUUACCUGUGCUAACUACUGCCCUCAUGUGUCUAAGUCUUUCAGUUUGUCCUGGCCACUUAAGACCUGUGACCCCUUGUGCCUGUUCACUUUAGGCCCAUUCAUUAAUCCACACAGAAAGAGACCUGCAUUGUUCAAAAUAAUAUGUAGAUUUUUUUUUUUUUUUUUUUUUAAAUGAAAGACAUUCUAGAUGUUAUCAGGUGAUUAAAAACGGUGUGGUUUGUGCUCAAAGAUUGCAUUGGGGUGCAUUAAGGUGAAGUAUUUUAUUGACCAUUUAAUUUAUUUUCUAUUAUUUGUUCUAUUGUUUGUAUGUAAGAAAAUGUAACUGGUUUUCUAUGGGCAUGGCUGAUGUAAUAUGCAAAUUGGAUGGAAUUCACACUCAAAGCAAAACUAAUACAGCUCCAACAUUAACAAAUGUACUUGUAGGCCUCAUAUAGUGAAAAAUAAUGUGCCUCUGUCAACACUGGGGUAGGGGUUGAGCACCCCUAAAGACCAGAUGCUAAAAUUGCCCCUGACUCCGAUCAGUAGACAUCUGUAGUAAGAUGCUGCAGAUGUUUUAUCAGUCUGUGGUGGCAAGUGUGCUGUUCUAUGUUGCAGUCAGGGAGGAAGCAUCAAACACAAAGAUGCAAGAUGUCUGAACAAACUGGUGAAAAAAGCUGGCUCUGUGAUUGGAUUCAAGCUGGACUCAGUGGAGGAUGUGGUGAAGAGAUCUACACUGAGGAAGGUGGAGACUAUUCUAAAGAACAUGGAUCACCCACUUCACACACCUUGUUGGACCAAAGGGCCAAUGGUCCCACUUUUUGUGUGUGAUUGGCUAUCCCUGCUGUCACUCAUUCCAUGCCCCCCGGACUAGUCUUCUGCAAGUUGCUUGUAAGAGUCAGUCCAUGAACAUCGUUAUUCGCAGAUGUAAGUUUACAGGAGGGCGGCGUUCAUUUUUACUCCGUAACAUUACAUUCAUCGGAGGUUUUAAAAGUCCAUUUAAAAUUGUUGACUUGUAGUCAUUAUUUAAUCUGCCCGACCUCCUCCACAGGUUCCAGAGUGCAUCCCAGAACAGAGCUGGCCUUCUUUAUAAGUUUCUCCACCCUCUUCCUGACAGCUUUUGCGAUGCUGCUCCCCCAGCAGACCACUCUAUAGAAAAUGGCAGAGGCCACCACAGAGUCAUAGAAGGUCUUCAGGAGUGCCCCUGGCACCCCAAAAGACCUCAUCCUCCUGAGCAGAUAGAGUCUGCUCUGUCCUUUUUGGUAGGGCAAUAUACAAAUGAAGCAUGGAACUUGACAUGGCUUAUAAACAGCUAAAAAUGAAAAAAAAAAAAAAAAACUGCAAUUACAGAAACUGACACUAUAUAUAUAUAUAUAUAUAUAUAUAUAUAUAUAUAUAUAUAUAUAUAUAAUAUAUAUAUUUAGUCAACUUUCUGUGUGACCAGCAGAAAAUGUGCCUCCUUGCAUAUGUAACGGACAUCUUUGGAAAACUUAACAAACUAAACACAAGCAUAAAGGGGAUAAAACAGAAUGUCAUGCAGAUGAGUGAUCGUAUUGGUGGAUUCAGGGGGAAACUCAAAUACUGGAGAGAAAGCAUUUCAAAGGCAAACUUCACCCCCUUCCCCCAGAUGAGUCAGUUUUUAAAAGACAACAGCAUCGAUAAGUGCUCCACAGAGGAGAUGUGCAGCCACCUGAAAUGCUUAGAAGAGCACUUCGCUUCUUAUUUCCCAGACAUGGAUAUGUCAAAGUUUGACUGGGUGAGAGACCCAUUUCACUGUGAUGCAUGCGCAGUGGACCUUGCUGCCACCGCUGUUGAACAGCUGAUUGAACUUUCAUAUUACAAAAUUCAUCAGGGAUUACAUUUGCGCAUGGCAGUGGAGGAAUUCUAGUUCGGAGCAAGAGAUGAGUACCCUGAGAUCUCACUGUGUGCUCUGAAACUCUUGGUUCCUUUUGGAAGCACAUACUUAUGUGAAGCUGGAUUUAGUGCCCUUGUUUGUAUGAAGUCAAAGUACCAUUCCUGACUGGAUGUUAUGUCAGAGAUGAGAUAUGCUCUGUCUUCUACAGCACCUGACUUUGAAAGGCUGCAGCGAGGUGUGCAGGCUCAGAUAUCCCAUUAAAUGUGGUGAGUUGAGAGACACAAUAUAAUACAUAAAAGACACAACAAACUGAAACAGAAGCACUGUGAUGCUUUCAUUCUUUUAAAUCUUUACUGUGGCCAGUUUAAGAUGCUGAUAAUUCUUUAUAUGAGAUUGUUUUCUCAGUAUACAUUUUCAGCCCUGUUAAUAAAGCCUAUUUCAUGAUCAGGGAAAAAAAAUGUCAUUUUGUGCACUAAUCCUGAAUACUCUAUAUUUUCAAGACAGUAUAAAAACAUGAUCAAAAACAAAUUCUAGGAAAAAGUGUCUCUGGGGUCCCCAGAAAUUUGUGAUGUCAAAAUGGGGUCACGGCUCACAAAAGGUUGGGAAACCCUGCCGUAAACCCUUGGAAGAUCAAAAACACCCAAGAGAAGAAGAGGACUUUCCUGUGCUCCGAAGACCGGAGGAGAAAACCACCAUUGAGCAGGAAACAUCUAAGGAGCCUCAAGAACCAUCGGCCCCAGAAGAGACACAACUUACUACAGCCCCAGAAGAGCCACAACCAGCAGCAGAAAUACCUCAAUCAGAGCUGGUGGAGAAAAUUCAACUUCCUCUCCAAGUGCAGCAGAUAACCAGCCAGCUGGAAAACCCUUAG